AUGAAUAUUGAGAAUGAAAAAAAAAAAUUUUUAUUAUCUAGGAAGAAAAUUUCAGUUCCAAAUACAAUAAUUGCUAGAGAAAACGUAUAUAAUUUAUGGCACAAUAAGGAAAAUAUGAAUGUUACUUGCAAUUUUCUAAUCCAUUUGCUUUCCAAACGUUUCGUUAUGACCUUGGGUGUCAUUAUUUGCAAUAUUUGCACUUGGGGAAAUAAGUUAUGUUCACAAUUAGAGUUCAUGGAAAAAUAUUCAAGGAACUUAAGUAAUCUAAACAAACCUGGAAAUAAAUGUAUGUCUCUUUUUUGUAGAGGUCUUUGUGAUCUGUGUAUUGGAAAACCUGUUCUUACAUCUAUUACAGCUAUAACAGUAAAAGAUUUUAAUGAAAAGACUGAUACUAUAAAUGGGAGAGUAGUUGAUAUUGGUAACUUGCUUGAAAAAUGCCAAGAUAAUGUAGAACUAUUACGAGAAGAUGAAUUAGAUAUAAUGUUGUAUUAUUUAGAAUAUAGUGAAGACGUUUGUAAAAUAGAUUUUCUUUCUACAUGGUGGCAAAUUUGUAGGAUGGAAAAAAAUGAAUGUGAUGUUUUUAAAAUGCAAUUAUCAAGGCUUAAUAAAGAAAUAGCAAAAAAAAAUGGUUUAAACACAGAAUUCGGGAAUAAUCUUUUGAAAAACGCAUACGAUGAAUAUGAAAAUAAAGUAAAAAAACUGCAGAGUACUUACAGUAGUACACUUUAUGAUUAUCUUAAUAGAAAAGAAAAAUCACCCGUUGUUUGUAUAGAAAUGCUUAAAAAAUAUAGAACUGAUAUUUGUAAUUUAAGAGAUGAAUUUUGGAAGAAUUCGGAAAAACAUUUUAAUGAAAAAAUGAAGGCAGAGAAACCUGAAAGUGAAACAUAUGAAGAAUAG